UUCCAAAUACUCUUUAUCUCACAAUCAAGACUUGAAAUGCGUUAAACAGUUUUCAGAACAGUUUUUAUCUAGAUUUUCUUCAAAUCAUAGUUAGUUAAAACUUUUUGACAUUUUCAACUGUUUUAAACUAACAAUCAAGGUAAACUGAAGAAAACAUUUCUGGAAAUUGUUUUAUUGUUUCUAAAUAAGUAAGUCUCUAUAGAGACUUAGUAACAUAACACUAAUUUGUAUUUGAAACCCGUUCCUGAUAGAUAUCUGAAGUAACAUGAAAGUGCAGUUUUAACAGUGUAAGUAAUUGCUUUUAUGAAAAAAUAGUUGAAUAUUUUGUAAACAGAGGGAACAUAUAUACCAAUGUCUUGUUUUAUCAUAUAGAUAAUUAAAAAUAGAUCAAAACGGUUUUGCCUUAAAAAAUGUGCUGGAGGGGGGGGGGGAGUGAUAAAAAGUUAGAUCAUUAAUUAAUUGAUUUAUUUUAAGACGGAAGAACGGAGAAAAUGAAAGAGAAAAGGAAAAAAGAAAAAUUGCUCGAGCGAAGGAGAGAAGGGCAAUCUUUAUCCUAGGUUUAAUCAUGGGUUCCUUUAUCCUCUGUUGGCUGCCAUUCUUCUUCUUGUAUUCUAUAUCUCCUGUUUGCCCCCUCUGCACAGAACAAUCCAAUGGAUGUUGUAUUUACCCAGCAGUGUUUUCCUGUGUAUUCUGGUUAGGAUACAGCAACUCAGCAAUCAAUCCGAUAAUUUAUACAGUUUUCAACCAAGACUUCAGACGAGCCUUCCACAAGAUAAUAAAGUGCAAGUAGAGUACACAUUGUUUCGCAAAAUUGC